AUGCAGACCGGAGUGCCUCCGUCUCAACCUCGAGCUCUGAUAGCAGGAGUGUGUCUUGCGCUCUGCUUCUUGGGCCUUUGGCGGACAUCCUUACCUGGCUUUCUUACACAGCCUGCGAGGCGACAUGCUAAAAAACGUACGAAGGUGCCGGUGCGAUGUCUUGAGGUGCGAGAGGUGGACGGGCUUAACCUAGCCAAGCUGGACGACUUGGCAUGCCGCUUCAACGAGAGGUACAUUAGUGCCGGACUUCUCAAAGGAGCAUUGCUUGCUGUCGUUCGGAGGGGCGAGGUUGUGGCUCUUUGGGAGCUGGGUCAGUACACAUCCAAGACGAUCUUCAAGCUGUACUCUAUUACGAAGGUUUUCACGGCAAUUGCCGGCUUGCAAAGCUGCGAGGAGCAUGGCAUCUCUCCCGAGGCCCCUAUUAGCUCUUUGGUCCCAGAAUGGCCAGCGGAUUUGCCUGGAGACAUGUCAGGUCCCUCCACGGAACCACUUAGGCUGAGGCAUUGCUUGACGCACACCGGUGGCUUUUCGAACGCUUUGCCGACAGUCCAUCCAGUGAGCUCGCUGCGUCCUGCAGAGCUGCGCAGGCUUCGAGAGCGACGCAGCAAUGCCGUAAAGCCGCCUCGGACCUUGAAAGAAAUGGUGCAGCGUGAGAGCGUCCAGCCCCACAUUUUCGUUCCGGGCAAGCACUUCAACUACUGUGGCGCUGGCAGCCAGCUGGUGGCUCGAAUGGUCGAGGAAGUCUCUGGAAUGAGCAUCGCUGAGUACAUGAAGAAGCACAUCUUUGAGCCCAUUGGAAUGAUCGACACAGGGUUUGCAAUUGACCAGUCCCUGGCCGAGCAUUGUGUUUCUGCAGACUAUCAUCCCUGGGUUCUUCCAGCUGUAGCAGAUGGCUUGGCUGGAUCGCGCUUGGACCGCUGGAGGCUCCGUCUGCGCUCUGUGCUCGCCAGCUUGUGUGGAUGUGCGCUGAUUGAUGAUCUUAAGCCGGCUGGGAGUGGGGUGACAUCUCCGCUGAAGCUGUGGAACAGGUCUUCUCAGCUGUACCAGCCUGAUGCGGGACUUGUGGGGACAGGCGCUGACUUUGUGCGGUUCUUAGAAGUUCUUACUAGAGAUGCUUCUCGGGAUCCCGUGCUCAGUCCGUUUGUCUUGAACGCGUUGGCCAGCCCAGUGACAUCAGAGCUCCAGGCUCCCUUCGCUCUAGACGCCCCAAGUGUGGUGGGAAGGCUGUUCCCUGUGCGUGGAGAUCGCCUUCCAAGGCAGAAGCCGCUCCGUCCCUUCAACAGUUUUCCGGGGCAGAGAUUCUCGCUGGGAGCGUUGCUUUGCCUCCACGAGCUGCCGGAACCUGGCAUUGGAUGGGUUUUGCCUCGACAUACUUUUUCGUCAACCCCAAGGAGGAGCUGGCGGCUUGCUUCCUCACGCAGCUUGUGUCACACAGGACAUACCCUAUACUCGACGAGUUAG